GCGGUAGUGUGUUACAAACGUCUAAUCGCUGAGGAAGUAGACUUGUCCGAUGUCAACUUGCCCUGAUAUGCAAAUUAUCUCGACAAUAUGUCAUAUUUUUCAUGACUUAAACAAUAAUCGACAAGAAGCGUCAUUGUCACGUGAUCCCUCAGAUGCUUAUCUACACAGUGCUAUAAGCAGUCAUGCCAGCUCAGCCCGCUUCCAGAGACCCAGAGGAGGAGAUGGAGACGGAGGCUGACUCUGAGCUUCCUCAAACUAACGGUGAGGCGGAGGAGGAGCGAGAGAGAGAUGGAGGAGAGGCAGAGGAAAUGAUGGAGGAGAGUGGAGAGGAUCGGGACAGCGACCUGGAGGACAGUGACGGAGAGGAGGAAGAGGAAGAAGAGGAAGAGAGUUCAGAAAUGGAUGAUGAAGAUUGUGAGAGAAGACGAUCACAGUGCCUGGAUGAAAUGUCUGACCUAGAAAAACAAUUCCUGGAGUUAAAAGACAAGCUUUUCCAAGAACGUCUGCACCAGGUUAAAAUUAAGCUGGAUGAGGUGUUGACAGGAAAGGCAGGAGAGUACAAAGAGCCUCUGGCAACACUGCAGCAGAACCUACAACAGAGGACACAAGUGGCAGGUGUGUACAGAGAACUAUGUCUGCAAGUGGUCAAACACAAACAUGAAUGUGAAGUACAGGGGGCAAAACAACAUUUAGAGAGUGAGAGGACACUCUUGCUUGAUGCCAUGAAAACAGAACUGAUGGAGAAGAUCCGCAGACUGGAGGAUGACAAACAGAGUUCAGAAUGGUGGAAUGAUGACGAGAAGAUAAAGAAGUGUAAGAGAAGUCGUCACCUGAUUCGGCCAGACAGGAAAAAGAAGGCGGCUCUUGUGUCAGGGCCAUACAUAGUGUAUAUGCUAAGAGACAUUGAUAUACUGGAGGACUGGACAGCCAUCAAGAAGGCAAAAGCGGCACUGAUACCUCUGAAAAAGAAAGCAGACAACAGGCAGGUGUCCGUGCGAUGUGAAGAUGGGGCUCUCUUCUAUGAUGGAGAGAGAUUCUCCAAAGGCAGCAGCGUUGUGCUAGAAGUCAAUGACAACAGCCCAGCACAGGUCGUAAUAACGGGGAUCAGCGCAGGAGAGGUCUGGUUCAAGCGCACAGAUGGCACCAAAACCAAAAUCUACGUCUCCCAACUUCAGAAAGGCAAACACGCCAUACGGAAAGCUUAAAGAAGAUUAUGAUGCGCUCAGAGAGUGUGUGAACCUUCCCUUUAAUAAUUACCAAAUAACACACCUUUAGAACUGCUUAUUAAAUCCAGUCCAAUGCUAUGCACUGACAUUGAUCAGAACAGAUGCUGUUUAUUAUGUGUAGUGACUUUUGAUCCCAGAUCAAUUUUGGCCUUUCAAAUACGUAUUUCACAAUGACUAUAUUAAUAAGGCAGUUUCUGGAGCUGCUUAUGUUUAUUAAGUAAUACAAAUGCAACAUGGACAUUCAGAACCUGUUGACCAAAUGCUAAUAGUACCUUUCUGUACCCUGAUACUUUUAAGUUCCUCGCACUGAAAAGAUUCAUAAUGCUGACCAUAUAUGAAGUCUGAUACAAACACUGAUCAUUAUCAGUCUUUGCCAUUUAAAAUGAUUAUAAAGGUUAAUUAUGUUCAUUAAAAACACCACAGGGGCGGAAAGGACUGCACUUGCAUCAAAAAGAUUCUAUUGAGAACUGCUUUUUUAAGCUGAUCUUGGAUCUGUUUUUAACAGCUAACGAUUUGUUUCUUAGAAGGAAGAAGGAUCAGACCUCAGUGAAAAGCGCUGUCUGUUCCCAGAACGCAUGAAAACACAAUCAAACCCCUUUUAUUGCGCUCAGAAAAACAAGAGAUGUAACAGAUUUUUUUCCCCAGUACAUUUUGAAAGACUGUUGUUGUAAUGCAUUGUAUUUAUAGACAUCUGUAAAGUGAUCUGAAACAGAGGGUGCUUUAUUUAUUAAGUGUUCAAGAUAACCAUGUAUUUAUAACAAGAAGCAUUAUUAAAAUCUAAACUUUUAUUAC